GAAAACAGGAAUUUGCGCGAGAGGCAACUGGUAGGACAGUUCACAGGGAAAUUCGAUGACCUAUACACCUUGCGUACAUUGACAUGAUGCUGCUGGAGGUGUAUAAAUACACUUUCACUGCCCACCCAAACACAUCAUUGAUCUAUCAUUGAAUCAGUGAUUCAGCCUGAAAUUGCCCGAAAAGCUCUUUGGAAUUGGCCUCAUUCGAUUACUCUGCCACAACCAGCGGCUACAGCAGUCUACAGCAGCAAUGACGAGUCUCCUGCGCGAUGCAACAACCGGCCUGGCCCAAGGGGUGCUUGGCACCGCCAAAGACACCACCUCUACUGUCGACACCGAGCUGGGAAAAGCACUCGACAACCUCAAGAAGGACACAUCCCAGGCUGUUCUGCACGUCUACUCCUAUGAUGGACAGACCCAAACGGUCAAGGAAAAAGCGUGCAUUCCGUUUUCCAAUGUCAACCAAGAAAGUCUGACCCUCAAGGAUAUCCGUGAUCUACUCGUCGGGGAGAAGGCUUUGGAGCCGAGGCUGCUGUGGAGUACUUUUACCAACCAACGUGGGGCAAAAGUGGCCGAUACAACCAGCUUCAAGGUCUAUCUUCAAAUUCUCAAUGAAAAGUCGAGCGAGGUUGGAGAUACCACGGAAGACAACGCCGACACUUAUCGAGUCUAUCUCAAAUCCAAGAAGAUUGUCGAAACGGAAUCCUAUAGUAGCCUUCUCGAUAGAGGCGCUAAGGUAGCCUUGGAUAAAAAAAUCGCUGAUCUGCCGGUGGCUCCGCAACCAAAUAUUGUUGAAUCUCCCACCUCUUUCAGCCACAAUAUUUUUCUGAACCCCACCACGACUUUCUCCAUUGUUCAUCCGGCGGACAUGAGCGAGAAGCACUGGUCAGUGGUCAUGCGGUCGAACAGUCUGCUUCAUGCAUACAGGGUCGUGGACCUGAAAGGCGACAAAUUUGUGGAGCGCUCUUUGUACCCCACCUUCGUGUUGAAACCACGCAACUUUUGGAAUUAUCAACUCAGCGCGACAGCCGAGGUGGAUUCCAUUCCCGAGCAAAAGCAAAUGCUACGGAUUCCAAGGUUCAGAAUCAACGACGAUAGCUACAUCCGGCAGUUUCAGACGAAGAAGUCGGUUUCCCGCGCGAUGGCUGAGGCCUGUCUUUCCGAGACCGAUGCACAGAUGGCCAUUGAAGGCGGUGCCUGGGGAUUCAGCGCCAGUGCUUCAGCCAGUUGGGGUGAGACCAAGUCGUCUUCCUCGACGUCCAGCACCAACAAGGAAAGUAGUGUGAUGACGAUAACGUACAAUUUUCCUCGAGUGAUCAUUGACUUCGAGCCCGCCGGCCUCGACCUCAGCGAGGAGUGCAAGUUCGAUCUGGCAAGGGUCGAGUCAGCCGACGCAGUGGAUGCUUUCAAGAACAAAUACGGUCGCUUCUUUCCUACUCGCAUUGAGCUGGGCGGUCGACUCCAUUCUAGCGAGCAGAGCGAGUCUGACGAUGCGGCGGCCACGACGCAACAGGCCAAGGCCAUGAGAGCAGCGGCGGCCCUUUCGUUCUCGUCCCCUUGGGUGCAGGCGUCGGCCAGUGCAACUCACAACAACUCCUCCAAUUCCAGCUCCGAGAGUAAGGAUAGCUCGUCAACUAGCUCAAUCAGUUGGGAGGCCCAGGGCGGUGAUACCCUACAAUGCAACAACCCGCCGGCCUGGGCCUACACCGUCGGCUCCUUCUACAACUGGAGACCAAUCAAACAGUCUAAAGUGCUGGCUUUGGAAGAUGUGAUCUCCACAGUGACGGGAUAUGAAGAUACCAAAGAGAAAUUUGCGGCACUGUUGGCGGCUGCCGAUGCGAAGAAGCCAGUGCAAGAAGCGAAGCCAGAACCCCCUAAACAGAAAACCAUCAACUUCAAAAUUCAAUUUGAAAUGGAAGGUCUAUCUCUGACGCUUGCAAGCUCCGGGAAAGACAAAAUCUACAGCAAAACAAUCGAAGGUCUUGUGGGGACAGACUCCAAGGCUCUGAUCACUCCUGAGAGACUCAGGUUUCUUACUCAGCUGUCCGAAGAGAGAAGUCAAAGCACACCAUUGCAACUGGUCGAGACGACAGACGCAGGGGAUCUGACUUUUAGCGUCAUUACUCCUGACACUGGCGCAACGAAGGCAUGUACUCCUUUCCAGCGAUAUCAGACUCUUCCAAGCCUACUGCGCUAUUUGCAAUCUUACAAAAUCAAAAUUGGCGGAGAUGGCAACGAACAAUGGCUCGGUGUGAACCCCACCCUGUCAGGCUUCUUGCCCGAAGCUUUGGUAUGGGCGGGUAAGGCUGAACAUGCCACCUACAUCCAAUUGCAUCCCAUUUUCUUCGGGGGUGGGGGUCUGCCAGGAUCGGUGGAAAAUGGGCACCCGGUGCAGAUUGCGCUCUAUGAUAAGGAGGAGAACUGCAUUGGUGCUGCAAUCCCUUACUCUCCACCUGAUGCGGAUUGGAAAUACCUGGGCACCAAUACGGAUAUGGUUGAUCCUAGGAUGAUUGCACCCUUCAGGAUCACUUAUGUCUGAUCAAGGAUCUCUGACCUCGGCACUUGUUGCUUAUGGCCGGGGCUCUCACAACUGCUAAGACAAGCCAAGGGAUUUUCUCGUCCGAUCCUGUACUCUAAGCAGAGGGGGCGCGAGUUAUUCAGGUGUCUCAAACCACUAGUCUAUGAGAAUAGAGUUGCGACUGAUGUCCUGAGAUAUUCAUAAUGGACAUUCAUGAUUAGAAAGAGCAUGUCGAUGGGACAUCAGACGGACAUAAGCUCUUCUGGGUAAUCUCACUAGCUGGGAAGUUAGUCGUGUAGAAGACUCAGGGUAUCUGUCUACAUUCUCUUUGGAUUCAUGGCGAUACGUGC